AUGAAACUCUUCGCCUUGAUCGCAAUGUUGGGGUUCUUGACCAAUGGAACCGUGGCCUUGGCUGAAGCCAUAGCCGACCCUAAUCCCAUCCCCGAAGCCAUUCCCGAAGCCGAAUCCGAGACUACAGUCCUUGAGCCGAGGGUUUGUGUCAGAAUCCGAGUGUGCCAUGACUUCAACUUCAAGGGGAGCUGCUACAGCCAAUGUAAAGGACCUGGAACGGCUCAUUCGAUCAGAAAGGAAUGGCAAACAAAUGCGGGCUCAUUCGCUGUUGAUACCGACGGCUAUUCAUGCACUCUUGGCACGAUGUAA